AUGGAGCGGCGCCGGGUGCCGGCACGGGCCGGGCCGGGCUGCGGCAGGCCCCGGCACGGCAGCAAGAGCCGAUCCAGGGACGGCCGCGACAGGAGCCAGGCACCCGCGAGGGCCGCGGCCGCGCUGUGUCGCGGCCAUCCCCGGGCCUGGGACGGCUCAUCCCGGCAGGAUCGGGAGCCGCCCUCGGGCGCGGGGCUGCCCGGGGAGCUGGACCGGCGGUGCUGGAUGGCGCUGCGCUGCGAGCCGCUGCCGCCGCGCCCGGCCCGGCCAGCAGAGAACCACUCCCACGGUGCGCUGUUGGCAAAAUCUGAGGAGUCGCUGGUGAGGAGAGAGGCAGGUGGACACACUCCAGCACCUUUUCUGGAUGGACAACGAUACUAUGAAAAGGGGUUGUACAAAGAAGCAUUAAAGCAAUUUGAAAAAAUCAAGGAUACAGAUUUUCAAGCAAUGUAUCAGCUUGGUGUAAUGUAUUAUGAUGGACUUGGCACUAAAAAAGACCCUGAAAGGGGAGUGGAAUACAUGAAUAAAAUACUCAACUCUGAUUCCCCAGAAGCAAGUCACUUGAAGUUUGCAGCUGCAUACAAUCUUGGCAGGGCGUAUUAUGAAGGAUGUGGUGUUAAACAUUCAACUGAAGAGGCUGAAAGGUUGUGGCUUACUGCUGCAGACAAUGGGAAUCCAAAAGCAAGUGUAAAGGCCCAGAGUGCUUUAGGAAUGCUUUAUUCUAUGCCGUUUCUAAAAAAUCUGAAGAAGGCCUUUUUCUGGCAUUCAGAAGCAUGUGACAAUGGAAAUCUGGAAUCAAAGGGAGCACUUGGCAUUAUGUAUCUCUAUGGACAAGGUAUACGUCGAAACAGUACAGCUGCUUUGGAGCAUUUGAGAAAAGCAACAGAACUUGGAAACAUCUAUGCUCAAGGCCAUCUUGUAGAAUAUUACUACACUAGAAAAUUUUACUCAAAAGCUGCUGCACUAGCCAAAAGGGCUACAGCAAAUGAUGACAUCAACAUGCUAGCCAAUAGAACUGACUGUCAUCCAAUGUAUAUAGCCAAAGGAGCUGCUAUGGCUGCUUUCUAUUUGGCUAGAUGCCUCCAGCUUGGCCAAGGCACAGAGAAAAACAAGCAUGCUGCUGCAAAGUAUUAUUCUAAAGCAUGCCAUCUGGAUCCUGCUGUUGCUUCUCACCUUGAACUGGCAGCUAAUCUUGGGAGAAUUUAG